AUGAUUGAACAGGACAUAUAUGUUGAUAAUAUUAUAUCGAGUGUAACUAACGAGAACAAAGCCGUACAGUUUUACAAAGAAGCCAGAGAAUUUAUUACAAAAGGUGGAUUUAAUCUCCGAUCGUGGACAUCGAACAGUCAGCUUUUACGGACAAUAGCAUGCGCUGAUAACAUACUUGACAAGGACACCAAACCGAAAGUACUAGGAAUGCGUUGGGAUGUACAAAAAGACGAACUUUGUUUUGCACAAACUGAAAUUCACUUAACAGCGGAAACAGAUAUCACUAAACGAGUGAUAUUGAAUCAAUCGUCGAAAAUAUAUGACCCAUUAGGCCUCUUGAGUCCAAUCACAAUCAGAGCAAAAUUAUUUCUCCAAGAACUUUGGCGCGAAAACUAUGAAUGGGAUCAGAUCUUACCUACAAAGUUAUGCGAAACAUGGAUUGACAUCGCAACACACAUUCAAAAGAGAAUCAAUACUGCUUUUCCGAGACGUUAUUUUACCGGUACACAAAACGAAACCAUAUCGUUAACACUACAAGUAUUUUCUGAUGUCAGCUUGAAAGCUUACAUAGCCUAUCUUUGCAAAGGGAAUGAAUCCAAAUUGAUUAUGGCGAAAACAAGAGUAGCUCCGGUUAAAAGUUUAACACUACCGCAGUUAGACUUAAUUGCAGCUGUAAAUGGCGCGAGACUUACACAACACAUUUUAUCCAUGUUUAUAAACAUUAGCAACGUAGAAUUAUGGUCUGACAGUCAAAUAGUAUUGAAUUGGCUGAUGUCGAAAAAACCUCUAAAACGAUUUAUUGCAACAGUGUAG